UUUAAGCAUUGCAGCCAGUAGGCCGGGUUGGUUUUUUUAAUCAAAAUUAAGGACUGAUUUACCUUAUCCGAAGUAGAUAAUAAUCAAGUAGGUUUUUUACAUCGUAGUGUAGUUUAAAGUACUUUUGAAAGUGGUGUCAAUUUACAGUAAAAGAUCUAGUUUUCACGUGUGUGAUUAUUCCUAUUUUAUAUCGAAAUGGAUACUCCAGUAUCUGCUUUUGCUAUGUACAAAGCAAACACUUCAUCAAAUAAGGAGAAAAAGAAUAAGAAAAGGAAUAAAGGUAAACCACAAGUAAUUUCUCCGAAAGCCACAUCGCGUAGUUUACCGCCGCAAUUAAAAGAUGAGAAAAAGCAGAUAGAACUCGCGCUAAAGCUGAAAAAGAAGAAUAAGAAAGUUAAGGAAUCAAAGAACAUAAUUAAGAAGAAGCAACACAAAAAGAAGAGAUCUAAAUUAAGUAAACCUGAAACAAAAGUGAGUCCAGCUAAGAAAUCUACAAAACAGGUAUUAAAUUCAUCCGAUUUACCUGAUAGCCAUGAAGAUGUUCCAGUACUUCUUAAACCGCCUGCUAAGAAAGAGGUGCCUGACCUUGAAUCAGCAGAUGAAGUCUGCUCACACUCCAGCGAGGGCAGCUUUGAAUUCACUCCGGUGGAAACAGACAGUGAAGAGGAAGGACUGAAAGUAUUCAAGUGGAUGAUAGCACCUUACGACAUUGACGAGUUCUUUGCCAAUGUGUGGGAGAAGAAACCCUUACACAUUGCUAGAGGAAAGCAUGACUUCUACAAAGAAUUGAUAACCACACCAAUAAUUGACGAUAUGCUUCGUAAUGAACAUAUUCAAUUCACCAAAAAUAUAGAUGUCACUUCAUAUGUUGAUGGUGAAAGACAGACGCACAAUCCAGAGGGUAGAGCACAUCCACAUUUAGUUUGGGACUUCUACCUAAAUGGUUGUAGUGUAAGAUUAUUAAAUCCACAAACUUAUAUUCCUAGACUGCAUUUAAUGAAUACAGCAAUGCAGGAAUUUUUCAAUUCAUUUGUUGGUGCCAAUGCUUACCUGACACCUCCAGAUAGCCAAGGGUUUGCUCCACACUAUGAUGAUAUAGAAGCUUUCAUAUUACAAACUGAGGGCAAGAAACAUUGGCGUGUCUAUAAACCUCUGAAUGAGGGAGAAGUCCUACCUAGAGUAUCUUCAAAGAAUUAUCAACAGGAUGAAAUAGGCAAGCCAAUACUAGAAGUGACAUUAGAGGCGGGUGAUAUGCUGUACUUCCCAAGAGGAUACAUUCACCAAGGUGUCACAAUAGAUGGAGAGCACUCACUGCAUGUCACAAUCAGCAUGUAUCAAAAGCAUUCUUGGGCAGAUUUGUUUGAAAAGCUAAUGCCAGCAGCCCUACAACUUGCCAUUUCUGAAAAUGUUGAAUUGAGACAAGGACUUCCAUUUGAUAUCUACAAUCAUUUUGGUCUGGUACAUUCCGAUUCGCAGACCCCGCGUAGGAAGGAAAUAACUAAAAUGAUUUUGUCACUGUUUGACAAAAUUAAACAGACAUUACCUAUUGAUGAUGCUGUAGAUCAAAUGCAUAAAAACUAUCAGCAUGCAGCCCUACCGCCUGUCAUAAAUGACUUGGAAAAGGCUGUAACAGUAUUUGGAGAUUCCGAUGUGAUGAUAGCAGAUGGUGUAGUCACUAACAGAGUAGAAAUAUGUCCUGACACUAGAAUAAGGCUACUGCGCAAGAAUAUACUUAGAAUGGUUUCUGAAGACAAAAUUAGGGUGUACUAUUAUGUGGAGAAUUCAUUGGAAUACCAUGGCAAUGAGUUACCUUAUCUUGAGAUUGAAGAAGAGCUUGCACCGGGUAUAGAGACAUUGAUAACUGCCUACCCUGAAUAUGUUGCUGUGGAAAACCUUGACCUCCCCAAUGAUUCAGACAAAUUGAGCUUAGCAGAUGCGCUGUGGGGAAGAGGAUUAAUCAUGACUGAAUACCCUUUGGAGAAUGUUGAAGAUGACUAAGUAAUAAAUAAUGAAUUAAGUAUUGUAAA